CAUCCCUGAAAUUGCUGAGGGAUUUACUGUCGGUCUAUCGGAAGCAACGGGUGGUGCUAGAGUGGGAGGUUUUGCUAGAUCUACUGUGACUAUUGAAGCAACGAUAGUCCCAAUGGUUUCGUGUCUUUCGAAAGUCCCACAAUUGUGGCAACAGAAGACGAUACUGACACUGUUGUUAUGAUUCGUGUCGUCAGAAGUGCUGGAUUGUUUCGCAACAUCAGUGUCAUCUAUAGUACUGCAGUUUCUUCUCCGUCGUCUGCAACAGCUGGGAAUGAUUACGCCUCAAUCACAGGGGAAGAAGUAAUCAUUGAGGAAGGAUCCUCAAGUGUAAAUAUUCCGGUCACAAUUCUGGCAGACGAACUCCCAGAGCUGGACGAAACUUUCCAACUCAGUUUGGUCAGUGUCUACUUCACCGAGGAAGUCCCUGAAGAUAUGGGAGAUGGUGGGCCUCAAUUGGGGGAGAUCACUGUGUCGGAGAUCGUAAUCAGAGAGAAUGAU